GCCGCGGCUCUUCUUUAUUGAGGAGAAAAACUCAAAGGGAUAAAAAGGAAUCAUGCGGUAGGCAAAGAAGGCUUUCCAUUCUCAGCAGCACCUUUAGAAAUUGACAUCCCACUGCCGAGCUGCUACCUUGCAAAGACUGCUUCUGUCAAUGGAGCUGGAAAACAUUGUUGCCAACACUGUCUUGCUAAAAGCCAGGGAAGGGGGUGGAGGAAAGCGUAAAGGCAAAAGCAAAAAGUGGAAGGAAAUCUUGAAGUUCCCUCACAUUAGCCAGUGUGAAGAUCUCCGAGAGAUGAUAGACAGAGAUUACUUCAGUCUGUGUGACAAGCAGCCAAUCGGAAGGCUUCUUUUCCGGCAGUUCUGUGAAACUCAGCAUGAGCUGGAGUGCUGUAUUAGGUUCCUUGACUCUGUGGCAGAGUAUGAAAUUACACCAGAUGAAAAACUGGGAGAGAAAGGGAAGGAAAUCGUGAUGAAAUACCUCACCCCAGAGUCCCCAGCAUAUGUCACUGAAGUCAGCCAAGACCUGAUCCACCAAACAGAGGAGAAACUUGAACUGAGACCCUGCAAAGAACUCUUUUCUCACUGUGCAAAAUCUGUCCUUGACUACCUAAGUGGAGAACCAUUUCAAGAAUAUCUGGAAAGCAUGUAUUUUGACAGGUUUCUCCAGUGGAAGUGGUUGGAAAGACAACCAGUGACCAAAAACACUUUCAGGCAAUAUCGAGUGCUAGGCAAAGGAGGCUUCGGGGAGGUCUGUGCUUGUCAGGUUCGGGCUACAGGGAAAAUGUACGCCUGCAAGCGGCUGGAGAAGAAGAGGAUAAAGAAGAGGAAAGGGGAGUCCAUGGCGCUCAAUGAGAAGCAGAUUUUAGAAAAAGUCAACAGUCAGUUUGUUGUCAACUUAGCCUAUGCCUACGAAACAAAGGAUGCAUUGUGCUUAGUUCUGACCAUCAUGAAUGGAGGUGACCUGAAGUUCCACAUCUACAACAUGGGAAAUCCGGGCUUCGAGGAGGAGAGAGCCUUGUUUUAUGCAGCAGAGAUCCUUUGUGGCUUGGAAGAUCUUCAUAGAGAAAAUACUGUAUACAGGGAUCUGAAACCAGAAAAUAUCCUGUUAGACGAUUACGGCCAUAUCAGAAUAUCUGAUUUGGGUCUAGCUGUGAAGAUUCCUGAAGGAGACUUGAUCCGGGGCAGGGUAGGAACAGUAGGAUAUAUGGCUCCAGAGGUCUUGAACAACCAGAGGUAUGGUCUGAGUCCAGACUACUGGGGCCUGGGCUGCCUCAUCUUUGAGAUGAUUGCUGGACAGUCGCCCUUUCGAGGGAGGAAAGAGAAAGUGAAGCGUGAAGAGGUGGACAGGAGAGUCCUAGAGACUGAAGAGGUGUACUCUCACAAAUUUUCUGAUGAAGCUAAGUCAAUCUGUAAAAUGCUACUAGCCAAAGAUGCAAAGCAGAGGCUGGGCUGUCGAGAGGAGGGGGCUCUGGAAGUGAAGAGACACCCGUUUUUCAGGAACAUGAAUUUCAAGCGAUUGGAAGCAGGGAUGUUGGACCCUCCCUUUGUACCUGAUCCCCGGGCUGUGUACUGUAAGGAUGUGUUGGACAUUGAGCAGUUCUCCACAGUGAAAGGCGUCAACCUGGACCACACAGAUGACGAUUUCUAUUCCAAGUUCUCCACAGGAUCCGUAUCAAUUCCGUGGCAAAAUGAGAUGAUAGAAACCGAAUGUUUCAAGGAGUUGAAUGUGUUUGGACCAAACGGUACUCUUUCACCCGACCUGAAUCGGAGCUACCCUCCCGAACCGCCAAAGAAAGGCUUGCUACAUCGAAUAUUCAAGCGGCAGCAUCAGAAUAACUCCAAGAGUACUACUAAUUCCAAGGCGAAUUUUAACCACCACAUCAACUCCAACCAUAUACAUGCACAUGGCUGACUACACUGGCUUCAGUGGGUGCUGCUUGGGAGCAGAAUUUGCCCUCAGGUCCUUAAAAUUCCAUUUGGGAUACAGAUUGUCUUGAGUGCCUCCCCUGUGAAGAUGAGACAGUCUUUUAAGAGACCAGAAGGUCCUAUGCCUUGCUUAAGUGAUUAUCAAGGAAUAUCCACAGUGUUGAAACUCCUCUUCUUCCAUUCCCAUCCCCCUUUUCCUGAAGAAGCCACAUCAUUUCAAGUCUUUUCCUUUGCCGGCUGUUGGCCAGAUGUUUCACCAAUGCCAGGACUCUUCUAGCAUGUUACUAAGCCAACAGAGUGAGCACACCUCUUGGACGGUUUCCCUUGGAGGCACAUCAGUCUUGGGUUGGGACCAAGUCAACCUCCCUUGGCAAGCAGAACAAGAAGAAUCAAGAGCUUGGUGUCCCUGGAUUUUAUGAGAAACAUCAGGUCUCUUUGCAAUCAAGUGUCCCCCAAGAAAUCUUCAUCCUGUCCAGGUAAUCUUUGUGCUUACAUCUCCCACCUCACCACGCGGCUCCUGAGUAGGCUUCAGGAGUCAGUGGAACAACUGAAUGUGUCCUCUUUGAGUCACCGUUCUAUUUUUAAUCUGGGACACACUUGUGUGACUUUUAACAUUUUGGCCUUUGCUUGGGAAGGUGAAGGGCAUACAUAUUUCUUUGUGCAGUUUCACAUCACAUAGGUGGUGGCCCACAAGCCAUCUCUCACCUGGACAGAUAAACUGUCAUCACCUGCUUAAACAACCAGUCAGCCCACCCAAUUUAAAUACCAACAUUGCAAAUCCACACUCAUGCCCAAGGACAUAUUUCCAGUUUGAUUUUCAAAACCUGCUCUACUGUGGUCAAGAUAUGUACAUAUUUGGAAAUGUCAUGCUCUCUCCAAGAGGGAAAGGGCUUUUCCAAAGGAUUUAGAUGUGACUAUUAUGAGUCAGUUGGAAAGUCAUUUUUGGAAGCACUCCAAAACAAAUGUUCUGGGUUAAUAGUUCAUGGCUUUUGAUCUUAUCUUAAUAACAAUGAUAAUGAUAAAAUAACCAUCAUUCCAGCAUCUUAAAAUUUCUCUCUGUUUUUUUCCUGGAAGAUUUUCACACUGUUUGAUAAAACCAAAUUCUGUUUCUGAGGUUGUUCUGGAGAUAGUGGUUUUUGUGUUCUCUGGCUGCCCUUAAUUCUCUGUACAUUCUAAUAACGUCACAGUGCUGCUGUAUCUAGAUCAAACCACUGUUUUGUUUUGUUUUUUUAGAAAAAUAAAUU